AUGAAAGACACCGUCAAGGCAAGACAAAACUUGGAAGAUAUGAAAAUUCGAAAGGAGCUGCACUUAACCAAGAGAAGUGACGGAAAAUAUAAUAUGCCUGUUGCAUGUUAUGUUAUGAAUAAAAAAGAAAAACAGGAGUUUUGUGAGUUUCUAAAGUCCGUAAAAUUUCCAGAUGGGUAUGCAUCAAAUAUUUCUCGUUGUGUGAGUUCGCGUGAUCAAAAGAUAUCUGGAUUCAAAAGCCAUGAUUUUCAUGUACUGUUACAACGAAUAAUUCCCACUGGAAUUCGGGGGUCAUUAAAUAAGGAAGUGUGUGACGUAUUAGCAGAGUUGGGUCAUUUCUUUCAACGUUUGUGCUGCCAGAAGCUGAGAAAAACUGAACUAGAGCAAAUGAAAGAAGAUAUAGUCAUUAUAUUGUGUAAACUUGAAAAGAUAUAUCCUCCUGCUUUCUUUGACGUCAUGGUUCAUCUGUCUAUUCAUUUACCCAAUGAGGCAUUGCUCGGUGGCCCCGUUCAGUUUAGAUGGAUGUAUCCCAUUGAAAGGUUUUUAGGUGAUUUGAAGCAAACCGUGCACAAUAAAGCUCAUCCAGAAGGUUCAGUUGCAAAAGCGUACAUAGCAAAAGAGUGCUUGACUUUUUGCUCUAUGUAUUUGCCAAGCUUUGUGGAAUUGUCCGAAGAGGAGUUUAAUAUGACUCAAUGGUUUGUCUUCCAAAAUUGUGAAGAGGUUGAACCAUAUCUUGAACCAGGGAUACAGAAGGACGGAAAUAUUGUGAGUGUUAGAGUUAGUAGAAAGUGGUAUGAGAAUGAUUCUUGCAUACUAGCAAAUCAAGCAAGACAAGUUUUUUACAUCAAAGAUCCUAAAUUAGGAAAUGAUUGGCUUGUAGUACAACCAUUCCAACAUAGGCAUGUUUAUGAUGUUGAUGAAAUGCAAGAUGAAGAAAUGGAUGUUGAUGAUAUCUUGGCUGUGGAAGAUGAAGUAUAUCAGGCGAAUGAUGCAAAUGAUGUGCUUACCAUUAGUCUUGAUGAAAUAGAGUUGCUGAAUAGGAAGGACAUAGAUCCCGAAGAUAUUGCCGAUACAAUAAUAGAAAGCUCACAUGAAGUUAGUGAGGUUGUACGCCUAGAUGACAUCGAGAACGAAGAUGAGUUGGAUGACGAUGAUGAUUGGGGCCUUGACAUUUGA